GGCGGGGGAACAACGGGCUGCUCGCAUUUGAGUGAAUGUCGAUCCCCUUCUCUGUCUCUCUCUCUCUAUUUCUCUCCCCCUUCUCUCAUUCUCUCUCUCUGGCUCCUCUGCCCUGUCUCCACUUCUCAACUGUUAAUACUUAACCUAUUAACAAUUAGCGCGGUGAGACUUUGCAUGUGUGUUUUAUGGGAGUUCAGUAGAGGGCCUCUAAGAUACGGAGUCAGUUGAAACUUAGGGAAGCCAGCAGAAGCAAGUCCUCUCCGGAUGCCCCUGUGAAGGCUCAGACAUGUCCCAGGGAAUCUUCAUCUCCAAGGCGCUGGCUGUGGCCACUGCGGUGGUCACCCUCUCCGCCGUGGGCUCCGUCAUCGCCAUGAUCACCCUGUUCCAAAUUCAGAUCGACCUGAGGCCUCCCGUGCCCCCGCCGACUCCGCCCUUGACCACCCCGGAGGCGACCGGGCCGCCGCCGAACUUGAGGCUGCCCACGAACCUGGUUCCUGAGGAGUACAAGGUCUUCCUGCAGCCGUACCUGUACGCGGAGGUGACCAACGUCACCAACCAGACCUUCGCCUUCUCCGGGGACUCCACCGUCAAGUUCCACUGCGUGAAAGCCACCAGCAGGAUCUUCGUCCACUGCAAGGACCUGAACGUGACCGCCAUGCAGGUGACCGACGUGAACGGAACGGUCCUCCGCAUCAAAGAAAAGACCUUUCUGGACGACGGGAGCAAUUUCUUGGAGAUUGUGCUUCGUGAGCGCAUGAAAGCUCCCGGCACCUACUACCUCUACACCGCGUUCGAAGGGGAGAUGCUGGAUGACUUGGCCGGGCUCUACGUCAGUCAGUACCAGGAAAACGUGGACGAAAAACGAUUUAUGGUUGCUAGCCAGAUGCAACCUACAGAUGCAAGAAAGGUUUUUCCCUGUUUCGAUGAGCCAGCUAUGAAAGCUGUCUUUCACAUAACCAUUAUUCACCGAGCAGGAACCACCGCUCUUUCCAAUUCAAAGGCGACAGGCUCUCCGAUAACGGAAGAAAUCGACGGGGAAAUGUGGUAUAUUACUGAAUUCCAUCCAACAAAAAAAAUGUCAACCUACCUCUUAGCCUUCGUUGUGUGUACCUUCGACCCGAAAGAAACCACCUACCUGAGGACUGCAAUUCGGACAUGGGCCCGGCCUGAAGCAAUAGAGGCUGGACAUGCCGACUAUGCACAGGCUAUCACUGGAGAUAUACUUGCCGCAUAUGAAAAGGUUUUUCAAAUAAACUACCCGUUAAGUAAACUCGAUCAAAUCGCCCUGCCUGACUUUGCUGCGGGGGCCAUGGAGAACUGGGGUCUGAUCACCUAUCGGGAAACGGCCCUUCUGUAUGAAGAAGGGGUCUCCUCCACAUUCAACCAACAGUGGAUUGCCACAGUCAUCGCUCACGAGCUAGCUCAUCAGUGGUUUGGAAACCUGGUCACGAUGAAGUGGUGGAACGACCUGUGGCUAAAUGAAGGAUUUGCGACGUACAUCUCGUACCUCGGCGUGGACAAAGCCAAUCCCACCUGGAACACAAAAGAUCUGAUGGUCCUCAAUGACAUCCAGUCCGUCUUUCAAGUGGACGCCCUGGCCACCUCGCACCCCCUCAGCUCCAGAGAGGAAGACGUCCAGACGCCUGCCGAGAUCGGCCAGCUCUUCGAUUCCAUCACGUACAGCAAGGGAGCUGCCGUGUUAAGAAUGUUAUCUGAUUACAUUUCUGACGAUGUCUUUAUAGAAGGCCUACGUACCUAUCUGAAGGCUAACGAGUACGGUAACGCUGAUUACAAAGACCUUUGGAGCCAUUUACAGCAGGCUGUAGACAGUAACCAGGGAAGGCAAAAAGUGGCGGAGGUGAUGAAAACUUGGACUGAGCAGAUGGGCUAUCCCGUCAUCACCAUCAACACCACUACAGGGACCGUAGCCCAACAGCACUUCCUCCUCAACCAGACCUCACAUUACAACUUCCUGUGGCAAGUUCCAAUAAGGGUUAUGAAAACUGGUGGAAAAGUGGAAAAAGAACCGGAUUUGCUGACAGUUAAAGGUCCAGUCUCGAAGACUAUAUACAAGGCCCAAGGCGAUGACUGGAUUCUGGCCAAUGUGAACUGCACAGGAUAUUUCAGAGUCAACUACAAUCCAGAAAACUGGCAGAGGCUCCUUCAGCAGCUGAACGACAGUCACAGUGACAUACCUCUCAUCAACAGAGGCCAGCUAAUAGAUGAUGCUUUUAAUCUGGCAAGAGCCAAGUACAUCAACGUCACGCUGGCCUUGAACACAACUAAGUAUCUCUCCAAUGAUGUGGAGUACAUCCCGUGGGAAUCCGCCCUGAGAAACCUGGAUUAUUUCAUCCUCAUGUUCGACCGCUCGGAGGUCUAUGGCCCUAUGAAGGCUUACCUCAGGAACCAAGUGACUCCGCUGUAUGACUAUUUUGAAAAUGACACCCUCAGUUCAACAGUUCCAACAAGUUACACAGCACAGCACAGCCAGAUCAACGCCAUCUCCGUGGCUUGCAGCAACGACUUACCCAAGUGCACGGAGAUGGUGAAACGCGUCUUCGCCGAAUGGAUAGACGACCCAGUCAACAAUACAAUCCAUCCCAAUUUGAGGUCCACCAUCUAUUGCAACGGCAUCGCCACAGCGGGGGAGGAGGAGUGGGAAAUAGUCUGGCAGCGGUACCAGGACGCCACCAUCGCCACCGAAAAAGACAAGCUGCGAUACGCCCUGUCCUGCAGCAAAGACAUCUGGAUUCUCAGCAGAUACCUGUCGUAUACUUUGGACCCAGACAAGAUAAGGAAGAUGGAUGCCGUCUCCACCAUCAAUUACAUUGCCAGGAAUGUGGCCGGGCAGAGCCUUGCCUGGGACUUCGUCCAAUCGCAGUGGUCCUACAUCAGCGAGGAGUAUGGAGGGGGAAUCAUGUCAUUGGGCAGCCUUAUUGACGGAGUGACACAGAGAUUCUCCACAGAAUUUGAACUUCAGCAGCUGAGGCAGUUCCAGAAGGAGCACCCGGAGGACACGCUCAGUUCGGGGACCCGCGCUCUGCAGCAGGCCAUCGAGAGGACUCAGGCGAACAUCAAGUGGGUGAAAGAAAACAAACAGACCGUGCUGGACUGGUUUCGGGGACAGGCUGCCGAGAGCCAGGGGCUCUAACGGCGAAGCGGCAAAGACGCGCAGAGCAGAAACAGAUGGGAAGUCCAGAGAGCCGUGCCACUUGAAACAGACAGCUGUGUUUUUGUCCUUUCUGAGGUUUCUGGAAAUUCAGCUGGGUUCUGUCGCUCUUGAAAAGUUCUGGAAGUUGUUUUUUUUUUUUUUUUUAGAGAGAGAAACGCUGAAACUAAGUUAAUGAGUUGGAUUCAUCACAAUUAAACGACUUAUUCAAUAGAUAAUGUGCAAUGCUGAACUUCUGACCAUCUACCAUGGGUCAGCCCAGGAUAUACUGUAGCACAAUUCCUGCAAUAUCAUGGGACCGGAUUUUGUUUGUUUUGUUUGUGAUUAUGGAAUAGCCAUAUUUUUUUAAUUUAUUUGUACUUAACCUUAUACAAUAUGUUCAUUUUAACCUUGGUCUUUCAGGAACCUUUUCAAUAAUGUUCACAAAAACAAAUUCACACCUAAAAGACUUUUGGAAGUUGAAUUAGCCUAAAAUAACUGAAGUAUGAAAUUGGACACAGGAACCUUAUUACACUGCAUCUUUGGUUUUACUUGUAAAUAUACUAAAUACUGCAUACAUAUAAAUACCUGAUUGUAAAAAAAAGCUUUAUAAUAAAUUUAAUGUUAUUAAUGUU